UUUUCGCAAAGUCACCACUCUCUCACCUUUUUUUUCUUUAUCUAGGCAUAGUACAUCACCUAUCUUCAAAGCAAAAUCUUUAAUUCUCAUAAUUUCAUUUCAUUACGACAUUUUUAACUCCAAAUUCUCCACUCUGUCUGAAACCUUCCAUGGCUUCUCUACAUGUUCAUCUCCCAACUGUUUAUCCCAAUUUCUUGCCCACAUAUACCCUAAAUAAAUCUAUAACUUUCUUUGCAAGCAAGCUCUUAUUACCAAAUCCUAGAAAUAUUCUUUCAAAAUGUUAUUCAUCGUCUCUUUCGAGUUUAACUCCGCAUAUGGACGAAACCCUAAUUAUUUCGCAAGAAGAUGAUAAGCCUUUAAGUGAAAUUUGGAAGGAAAUCCAAGGCUGUAAUGACUGGGAAGGAUUAUUGGACACCAUGAACUCACAUCUUCGUAAAGAAAUCAUUCGAUACGGAGAAUUCGCUCAAGCGUGCUACGAUUCUUUCGAUUUUGAUCCUCACUCCAAGUAUUGUGGAACAUCCAAGUAUCAAGGACCUCAUUUCUUCGAGAAACUUGGCAUGCACGGCAUUGGUUAUCAAAUAAGUAGGUUUUUAUACGCUACUUCAAAUAUUAACCUUCCAAAUUUCUUCCAAAAAUCUAAACUAACCAGUGUAUGGAGUACGCAUGCAAAUUGGAUGGGGUACGUAGCUGUCACCACCGACGAGGCGGAGAUUAAACGGUUAGGCCGCCGCGAUAUAGUCAUAGCAUGGAGAGGAACCGUCACGUAUCUCGAAUGGAUACACGAUCUUAAAGACAUUCUCUGCUCACCUAACUUCAUCAACGACCCAUCCAUCAAAAUUGAAUCAGGGUUUCAUGACUUGUACACCAAGAAAGAAGAUUCAUGCAAGUACUGCACAUUUUCAGCUCGCGAACAAGUUUUAGCCGAAAUUAAAAGACUCAUUGAUUAUUACAGAGAUGAAGAACUGAGUAUUACAAUCACAGGACACAGCUUAGGAGCAGCUUUGGCUAUAUUAAGCGCUUAUGAUAUUGCAGAGAUGAAACUGAAUUUCAUGGAGGAUCAAAAAACUGAAAUCCCCAUCACAGUCUACUCAUUCUCAGCCCUAGAGUUGGAAAUCUCAAAUUUAAAGAGAGAUGCGAUGAACUUAACGUUAAGCUAUGCACAUGUCGGAGUGGAGCUUGCGUUGGAUCAUCGUCAGAGUCCAUUUCUUAAGGCGACGAAUAAUCUUGGAAAUGCUCAUAAUCUUGAGCUCCAUUUACACUUAGUGGAUGGCUAUCAUGGCAAAGGGAGACCAUUUUGUUUGGCGACGAAGAGAGAUAUUGCUCUUGUUAAUAAGAGUUGUGACUUGUUGAGAGGUGAGUACGGUGUGCCGCCGCAUUGGCGGCAAGAUGAGAAUAAAGGGAUGGUGAGGGAUGGUGAUGGACGGUGGGUGGUGCCGGAGAGGCCAUUAGUGGAAGCGCAUCCGGAGGAUACGGCGCACCACCUUGAACAAGUGCUGAAGAAUAAUGCUGCAAAUUCCUGUCAAGAUUAGGACUUGAAUUGGUGUGGUAAUCACUAACAAAACUGAGUGAAAUGUCUAUUUAGUGUUGUGAUCAUAUGAAAAUAUAAUGAGUAAAUUACUAUGAGGCCCCCAUAUUUGUCAUAAUUUACAAUUUAGUCCUUAUUUGAAAACCAAAUAAUAUGGUCUUUCACUUUUAUUCUCAUCAACAGUUUAGUCCUUCUGUCCAUUUUUGGUGUUAGUCAAACGGAGUCAACGGAAUUAGGGGUAAAUUAAUUUCAAACGUGAAGGACGAAAUCGUUGAUAAAAAAGUGAGGGGCGAAAUCGAUAAAAAAACAAAAGUGGGGGACCAUAUAAUUUUGUUGACUCGGUUGACUAACGUCAAAAAUGGACGGAUCGACAGAAAUAAAAAUGAGAGACCAUAUUGUUGAAUUUUAAACAUGAGGGAUUAAAGUG